AUGUCUGACCCGAAGCGCAAGACCGGGAGAUUGUCCCUACUUGGACUUGUCAAAGAGGUGUUUAAUUGGUAUCCAUCAUCUUAUCCUGCAGAGGAGAGAAAAUUGCUGUUUAAAUUGGACUUGUCAAUUCUGAUCUUUGCCUGUCUCUGCUUUUUUGUCAAGUUCCUAGACCAGACAAACAUUAGCAAUGCGUAUGCUAGUGGUCUAAAAGAGGACUUUGGUCUAUACGGAAAUGAGCUCAACUACUUCAACAUCUGCUACUUCGUAUCCUAUGUGUUAUUCCAAAUCCCUGGGCUACUGCUCAUAUCGCGCCCAAAGUUUCGUGUUACAAACGUACAUCAGCUUUAUGCCAUUCGUUUCUUGGUUAGCAUGCUAGAAGCGCCUAUUUUUGCUGGAACCCAUUUCAUUCUCGGAUCAUGGUACACCGGCCCGGAACUAUUCAAACGAGCUGGAACAUGGUUUAUUUGUAACCCUCUUGGCAAUAUGUUCAGUGGAUACCUACAGGCAGCCGCUUAUACGAAUCUCUCUGGUGUUGGGGGUAUGCCAGGAUGGAGGUGGCUGUUCAUCAUUGACGGCAUAUUUACCAUCCCCGUGGCGUUGAUCGGAUUCUUUAUCUUUCCCGGUAUCCCUGGCUCGCCAAAACCAUUCUUUAUGACGGACCGUGACAUUGUAUUGGCCAAGGAGAGAACGGACAGAGCCAAAAUUCGCCAACCUGGCAAAAUGAGCCUAGAUGUCUUCAAGAGAACUCUUAAGAGAUGGCAUAUCUGGGUCUUUGUUACUUGCUACGCGUAA